AUGUAUCUCCAACACUUGCUUUUCGCCCUCACUUCACUCAGUGUCACAAACCUUGUCAACUCCUCACCAACCUAUGCCGGUACACUUUCCACCCCGCCACCACCAGGAGAAACCUACGUCGUCGGUUAUCCCAUUUGCGCAACUCCGGGCUUCACCGAAGUUCCUGGCGACUACACCGAAACCACCCAUCAAUAUCCCGGUGCUACACUCACGAGCUGCAUUAACGAAUGUCGAGCUGCAUAUCCUGCUUGCAAAAGUAUUGCUUUUCAUGCUCGUUAUACAGAAUGUUUGUGGUUCGAUAAGAAGGUUGAUAAGACGCAAUUGUAUAAGGAUGAUACGAUCCGGACUAUUGGAUACUCUGACACAGAUGUUCUUGGUGUAGAGUGA